CAGCGAGGACACGGAGAGGCAGAGCGGCUUUGCACCACUUUUAGUUAGAUUGGUAUUUACUAUAAAAGCUUCAUUUCAGGCUCCGCAGUGCUCGCUGUUGAGCUGCACACUGACUCACACAGUCAAGAAACGCAUAAAAAAACCGUCUUCAUGUGAGGAGGAAUACGGUGAAAGUCUGGAUUUAACACACGCAGGAGUGGGAGGAAUAACGCAACUCAGGGGUAUUUAUCUUGAUGAUGCCGAGGAGCCAGUUUCUGCUUCGGAUUUGCGUCCAAAACAAGUGUGAAGCCAGAGGAUGACAGAAGCCAGUCCUGUCUGCAGCCCCGCCUCCUCCCACUCCUCCCAGUCAUCGCCUGCUUGCCUCCCAACAUGCAGGAGACACCUGAAGAAAGGCAAAGCCUUCAAGACCAAGCUGCACCUGAGCUCUGCGCCGGGUGUGUGGCUGCUGUUGGGUGUAAUGGUGGUUUUGGUGGGGAUGGCUGUUGCAGUGGCCGGCUACGUAUCUGCAGCACCAAAGUCAGUCAUGGGCGGCCGAGGCAAAACCCACAUUGAUAGGAUGAAGCUGGCCGGGCCCGCGGUCAUGGGAGUGGGCCUGUUCAUCUUCAUCUGCGCCGCCACGCUGCUGUACGAGAACCGGGAUCUGGAAGUCCUCAGGCGAGAUGACCUUGAGGAUCUGAAGGGAGGAGACGGCUGGGAGGAUUCGCAAGAUCAGCCCAGCUUCAGCUGUCAGGAGCAGUGGGAGCAUAAAGAUGGAGAGCAGGGAUCCUGGGCGGCUCCGACCCACACACUCCCCCUCUCAAACCAGAACUGUGAUCCUCCACUUCCUUCACCUCACAGGAACACGCACAACACCAGCAGCAGGCCAUCGUCGCCGCCGCCUCCUACGGAUGCAGGAGGUAGAGAUGGAGAGGAGGUGGAGGAGGAGGAGGAGAAGGAGGGAAGAUCAACCCUGCUGGCCCGAGUUCUGCACCACCAGGAGCCAACUCCUCACCCUCCCUCCCCCUGCCCGUCCAUCUCUCACUCCGUCUACUCAGACUCUUGCAACUCCAGUGAAAUUAACUUCAACAUACGAACAGGCAUUCCUCAACAGUGAACCCCCUGCUGGUUCAACUUGUCUCAUAAAAUAUGCAUGAUGAGAUUCAUCUGGAAGUUUCACGUGCAGACACACACUUAAGACAAGACUAUGCAUUCCUCAAUAAACAAGUGAAAUGUUUGUUGGUAUGUUUUAGUGCCUCCGAGUGGCGCAGUGGCUCUGAGUCACUGUCUGUGAAGGGUGUUUUUGUCCUACAUCGUUCUCUGACUCACCCACGUUUGAAAGAUUGGAGCUAUGCCGUCUGAUGUCAACUCGCCAUCUUGUUGUCUUUGAACUCAACCAUGCCCCAAAUCCCUAAAGCCACUGCUUGUUUGACCAUAUUUGGACCUGAGGAGGAUUGCUGAAAACUUAUUUGGGUGCCGCACUGAGAGAUGGACGCUCACUCCUCUCUCUUACACACACACACAUGCAGAGGUGCAGGGUCUACAUUUCCUUUGCUGGAGAGCUUUAAGAGGAUGAGCCAGAUUAGGUUUUAAAUGAGUCUUUAUCUAAUCUCACACAUACUGUAAUCUACUCUUUAUCUGAGGAAAUUGUGUCUCGCUAUAAACAAGAGAAGCACACGAGGCCACACUCCUCUCACUCGACACCUACAGCCACGCUAUAAAUACCAGCUGCUGCUUUGUACACAUGCGAGCGUGGACUCCAGUUUUCACUGUAAUUCAACAUUUUUUUUAAAAUCACACUGUCAGCUGCUCAGUUUUAUUCUUUUCUCGAGUGUGAUGAAGCGAGAUCUUAAAGAAUUUCAAUCAGAUGGUGGAAAGAAAGAAAAGAGCAUUGACUGACCAAAAAAAAAAAGCAAAAUCUGGUGAGGCUGUUCUGAGUUAUUCCUGACGCAGCUUAACUGAGAAAGCGCUCCUAUGAGUCGCUUUCUCUCCCACCAUCCCGACCUUUCAUCUCCUCUCACUUCAUCAUCCGAUUCCUACGCUUUAUUCAAACACCCCGUCCUCCAUCUCGAUCCCUGGCUUCCGCAAAACAGAGCAAAACAAUGCAGAGUAAAAUGUUACCGGGUCCAAUUAAGCUAAAGCGAGCAUGUUUGAGAGGUAAAGGGGGUAGGAUUUUAAUUAUCGCCAGCAUUUUCUCCUCCAGCCUCUAAUUACACAGGGGAUCAGUCUGAAAGUUUUUAUAGGUGCUUUAGCACCGCAGAGUAUUUCCUUGUUGUUCGGGCCCAUGCUGGGAUCCUGCCAUCCAGAUGACGACCGAGACUGAAGUGUACAGUAAUUUCCAGCCGCACAUUUUACUCACUUAAACGAGCACUCAUCUCACUCUCACGCACACAUACAUACAUUAUGCUGUUUUAAGAUGCUGAAUGUAUAUUUCAGUAGCAGGUCGACAGGGAGAUGUGUCUGAUUUUUCACUGAAUCAUGCAACAAGCUGCAAGCAGCCUCCUUCACACUUACUGCUCAGAAAAGCAGCUCUCUCCUCGCUCUCACACAUACACGAGUCCUUCUGGCUGUGAGAGAUGCUCUGAUGUAUUUACAUUCAGACAGAAAGAUGCUGAAUGUUAGAGCGGCGACCAAAGAUUAGUGCUGAUUAAUCUGCGGAUUAUUUUCAAGAUUACUGUCAAAUGUUUUUGUCUGCAAUAAACUGCCAGUUUAUGAGGUACAGCCAGUUUGAACUAAUGCAGUCUAAUUCAACAGUCAGUGUAUGGGAGCUGAAAACGGCCCUGCUUGCUUUUUUUUCUAACUGCCAUUAUCUGGAGAUAGAAAACAAAGCGUGUGUUAAUCUGUGUCGAUUCUGGAUAAAAACAAAAGGUAGAUUUCUCAAGAUAACCAGAUAAUUCAUCAGGAGAAAACCACUUUUUCUCGAGACCAAAAAAGACAGCUCACUUUCAGUUCUCUAGAGAUAAAUUAUCUCUUUUUCUGCCUUUUGGUUUUUUGAGAAUCUACAUAAUUUAACUCGUUAUCAUGAGAAAACGAGCUCAUGACUCACGACUUCAAGAUAACUGCAUUGUCCGAACAGCCAAAAUCUUAAGAGUUUACUUUUAGAUCAAAGCAAGAAAUCUUUA